AUGCGACGCCAGGGCGGGAACAACCCAGAUGAUGAGACGCCGUCCAAGCAGCCUGCCUCUGCAUCCUCAGGCGUGCACUGGGGAGCAGAUGUGGAAAAAAGAGAAGCUAUCAAAAAGGUGAGGCGGACGAUGGAUGGCAUCAGCCGCUCAUGACGUGCGAAUGACUGACACGUUUGUCCGUCAGACGUUCAUCGAGCAAUACCAAAAGUACGAGCAAUUCGCCUUUGGCUCCGACCUGCUCAAACCCGUAGCGCGCCAGGGCGACAACAAUUCUAUCCUGGCAGGUUUCGGAGGCACCAUCAUCGAUUCCAUGAGCACCAUGCACAUCAUGCAACUUUCCCACUCGGACGAGUACAAGCGCGCCCUAGAACAUGCCAAGCAGCUCAACUUUAGCGUCACGCCAGAAGGUGAUCCCGUCGGCUCAGUCUCGUGAGUUGAUCCGUGUCGCACAACGGCAGGCGAGGAAGCUUAUCACGAUGGUUUGUGACACUCUGCAGCGUGUUCGAGCUGACCAUCAGGUACAUUGGAGGUUUGCUUUCGGCCUACCACCUUGGAGGAGAGCGUCCUGACCAGCGCUUCCUCGUAGACAAGGCUAAAGAGCUGGGUGACAAGCUGGCUUCAGCUUGGUGGACCAAUACCACUACCAACCAGCGCAAUAAGGUGCCCUACAAUCACUUUAACCUCAAUCUCAGUGCCCCCGUCAACCUCAACGACACUGCCAACAUUGCGGAGGCCGGGUCGCUCAUCCUGGAGUGGGCCAGACUCACCAAGUAUACGGGCAAUCAGCAGUACCUCGACCUCACCGACGGCGCCAUGAAGGCGCUCAUUGGACUCCAACAGCCUCUGCCCGGCUUGCCGAGUCAGAACUUUUUCCCUGGUAAUUUGUCGUGAGUGCAGUGAGCGCCCGCAGUCGUAGACCAUCGCUCAGUCGCGCAUACCCUUGACAGCUACACCGAUGAUCUUUGGGUUACUGCUGGUGGUGGAUCCGACUCGUUCUGGGUGGGUGAACCGCCACGCAUUCAGCACCGUGACUCGACUUUAAUUCCCUUUCCCCCCCCUCCCCCCUUCUCUCUCUUGCAGGAGUAUCUCUUGAAAUAUGGCUUCGCUUACGGUCUCGACGCGAACGACGACUACCUCAAGACGUGGAGAGCAGCAGCCGACUCCUUUACCAAUUUGGCCACCAACACCGGUGUAGGCAAUCUGACCUUCAUGGCAGACUUUGAGCCAAAGAACAAGACCAAGGUGUACGUCACUAGCCACCUCGCCAGCUGGAUCGGAGGCGGCUUGGCCAUGGGAGGUGCUCUGUUUGGCAACGAGACGUGGGUGCAGAUUGGCGGUGAGAUCGCAGAGAGUCACGCGAGGACGUACAAUGCGACUGCUACUCGCCUUGGCCCUGAGGUGAGCAGGCGUGGCACCCUUGGGCGGAGACUCGUAGCUGAACCACCCGCGUGCCGCCAUCCCUCAGGUGAUCGGCUACUUUGACGACCACGGCAUCGCCAAAGGCUGGGACUUUGUCUCUGUCGGACGCCGCGAGUUUUACAACGAGCACGGUUUCUUCAUUGGUUCUGCUGCAAGCUACAUUCAGCGUCCGUGAGUUGAUCACGUCCAACAUGCUUUCUGAUUGCUACUGACGUGUCCAUGUUGCGCCUUUAGGGAGACCAUCGAAAGCCUCUUCUACUUGUACCGCAUCACGGGUCAGCAAAUCUUUAGAGACUACGCCUGGGAAGCUUACCUCGCCAUGAAGAAAUACCUCGAUACGGGCAACGGUUGGCUUUGCCUUGUCAAUGUCAACGAUCUCUCCUCUUCCGCUUACGACGAAGCGCAAACCUUUGUGAGUUGAAGCGUACAAUCGCGCGGAUCACUCUCACGACUCACAGUGUAUUCUGUGUGCACUGCCUUCUAGCUCUUUGCCGAGACGCUCAAGUACCUCUAGUGAGUGAUUUGGGAUUGCAAGGCUGUGAGAGUGCACCUGACAGACGUCCGCGUCCGCGUCCGCGCCCGCGUCCGCGCCCGCGCCCUUGCAGUCUCAUGUGGGACGACCCCGAGACUUGGUCGUUGGACGACUACUACUUCACGACGGUGAGUCGGACACCUUUGGUGUCGGAUUUUGCACCCCUCUGACUCGAUCGAUCGAAACACGUUCGUCUCGCAGGAGGGGCACGUAUUCCAAGUGGCGAAGCGUAACCCGGCCUUCAAGAAGAUCCAGCAAUCGGGGUGGGUAACAAGCUCCCCGUCUCGCUUGCCGGCGUUGUGCUGAACAGCCGUUGCCUUUUUCCCCCUUUCAGCUCCUACACCCCGCUGGCACCAGCCGGCUCGUACAAGAACAAAGGGGUCAACCCAGAAGAAGGCAAGGGUGCGCUCACUGAAGGUCAAGAAGCCACCAUUCUGGACGGCGUGCGAGCUGCUGCUGCUUCCCUGCGCGACUCCUUGGGCAAGUCGAUGCCACUCAAGGUCGCCAUCAAGGUCUUUUCGGGCAUACCACGAAAUCAAAAGGUGAUUGAAAAAACUUAUACAAUCGAUGGCGAUGACACUCCCUGA